AUGGUGGCGGAGAAGAAAACAGAAGCCAUCUUUCUCCAUGGCAAGGCAGUCAAACUACUCCAGGCCCAGAUCAGAGUAGGAACGUACAAGGUCCCGAUAGAGGCCCAGAUGAAAUAUCUGGGCCUCGUCCUGGACAGCAUUUGGUACUUCAAAGAACACAUGAACCGCCUGGUCCCCCGACUCAAGGUAUUGUCAGCAUGCUUGGGCAGACUUAUGUCCAACAUCGGAGGACCGGGGCAAAGGGCUCGUCGCCUCCACGUGGGAGUUUUGAACUCAGUCGCGCUAUAUAGGGCGCCAAUAUGGGCUGAGGCCCUGGCCGUCAAUCACCGGAUGCGUGAGCAGUUGCGCAAGACGCACAAAAUACUGGCGGACAGGGUCAUCAGGGGAUACAAAACGAUAUCUCACGAGGCGGCGACGACUCUGGCGAGCAUGCCUCCCCUGGAGCUCCAGGCAUUGAUGUAUAGGAGAAUGUAUUUUGGGAAGAAGGAGCUUCAGGGGCGGAUAAAGGAAGACGAGGCGCUCGCCAGAGCCAUAAGAGAGAUGAAGCACCAAACUCGGCAAGCCCUCCUCCAUAGAUGGAAGAGGAUGUUGGCGCAUGCCAUUUACGGGAGGAGGGUCUUCGAGGCUGUCCAGCCCUGCCUACAUGAAUGGGUAGGCAGGGAUUUCGGGACCUUGACGUACAGGUUGACACAAGUACUCACCGGGCAUGGAUGCUUCGGUGAGUACAUGUGUCGCAUAGGGAAAGAGCCCACGGCGAAAUGUCACCAUUGUGACUAUGGCCACGACUCCGCGCAACACACAGUGCAAGACUGUCCAGCUUGGGUAGUGGAGCGCGGAGUCGUGGCCAGGGAGUUGGGUCAGGACCUCUCACUCCCAACAGCGGUGAGGUCUAUGUUGGAGAGUGAGAGGAACUGGGGAGUCUUCGCUUCAUUCUGCGAGGCGGUGAUGCUGCAGAAGGAGGCAGCGGAGAAAAUCCGCCGGCAG